AUGACACACUUCAACAAGCUUAAUAUAUACUCCAUCCUCAUCCUCUCGUUUGGGGCUUUCUUCUACGGCUAUGACUCCGGCCUCACCACCUCCAUCCUGGGAUAUCCCCAGUUCAUAUCCUAUUUCAACUUCAACUCCAAUACCAUCGGGGCCCUGGGAUCAUGCUACUACGCGGGUAGCUUCUUCGGUUCGGGCCUGAACUUUUGGCUCCCAGAUCGAUAUGGCCGAAAGCCGACCAUCUACAUCGCCUGUGUUGUUGCUAUCGUGGGUGCUAUCCUCCAGACUGCCGCUCAGAACAUCGAGAUGCUUUUCGUCGGUCGUGUCAUCGGUGGUAUCGCUUCUGGUAUCGUCUUUGGUGUCUGCCCGAUGUUCAUGUCAGAAAUCUCUCCACCCGAAUUCCGUGGCAGAGUUGGUGGGCUUUACAACUUGAACAUCAAUCUGGGUUAUACAUUGACCGAAUGGAUGGGCCUCGGAUUCAGUUAUAUCAGCUCUGAUGUCGCCUGGCGAUUGUUCUUGGGCCUGCAACACGUUCCACCGCUUCUGAUGGCCGCCUGCACCCCCUUCCUCCCUGAAUCGCCCCGAUUCCUCAUCAUGAGAGGCCGCUACGACGAGGCCCUGGAAGUCAUUACGAAACUUCACGGUGGCGCCCCGGGUCAGGACGACGACUUCUACAUCCGUGAAUUCAACCAGAUCAAGGCCCAGCACGAGCUCGAGGUCCGCGAACGCGUGGGCCUCCGCACCAUCCUGCGCCGGCCGUCCUACCGAAAGCGAAUGUUCAUCGUCGUCUUCCAGUUCGCGUUUGCCAUGUUCACCGGUAUCAUCCCGCUCCAGAACUAUCAGUUCAUCUUGUACACCUACCUCGGUGUCACCAACAAGAUCGCCCUUGUCAUGGUCGGCGUGUGGGGCACUUGCGGCGUCAUCUUCUGCACCAUCGGUGCCCUGCUAUUCGACAAGCUUGGUCGCAGAGUGUCUCUGCUGAUCUCUCUUUGGGUCCAAUUCCUGGCGUCCAUCGCUAUGGUCAUCUUCUGGGCACGAUUCCAACUUUCAAGCAACACCAACCUGCUACUCGGUCGCUUUACUGUUGGUUUCAUGUUCGUCUACCUGAUUGGCUACGCCUUCAUCAUGAACUCAUUUGGAUACACCUACCCGUCGGAAAUCAUGCCCACGCCAAUUCGAGCAGCCGGCAACGCGGUGGCCUUCUGCACGUUCAACGCCAUCACCAUCAUGUUGGUCCAGGUCACACCGAUCGCCAUCGAGAAGAUUGCGUGGAGGUACUUCCUCAUCUUCAUCAUCUGCGACGCCAUCUUCAUCGUCGUGGUGUACCUGGUCUACCCCGAGACGGUGGGCAAGACCUUGGAGGAAAUCGCCGCCCUGUUCGGCGACGAGGUCGCCGUCGACAUCCAGCAGGCACACGAUUAUCCGGACACCGUCGGGAUCAGGGACGAGAAGGUCGCCACCGAGGUCACCGAGGCUGAGCGAGUCGAGGACGUGGAUGGGAAGGGCCACCACGCCCACGCCCUGUAGAAUCGGUGUAAUACCUGCCGGCUUAAUAUCACCUCUGUGUCGCCCGCAACUGUGCUCUAAAUCCCACUGCUCCGCCGGGGACGCCCCCUCAAAAAAACGACGUAGCAAAAAGCAAAUUCUGAGAGGGUUCGCUCCGCCACUCUACCAGAAGUCGAACGAAUACCUUCCGUCUGCUGCAUUUUAAUUCCA